AUGGCCAUCUUGUCUACAGCGGUUGCUCUCGUUGCUGGCUUUACUGCGUUCGCCCAUUCUCGAUCGAUCCAGUCUCGAGAAAAUGUUGAUGUCUCCAACGCGAAGACUUCAUUGACGCUCGUCUACCAGAACAACCUCAAUGCAUCCGACGAUCAGAACCAUGUAGGAGCGCUCCUUCUCGAUCCGGUCUCUCAAGCAAGUGCUGCGGCUGCAUGCGCUUCGGUGAACGAGAAGCUUCUUCCCAAAGCGACACUGCAGAAGUAUCAUUCAGAUUUCACUUAUGCGCUUUCCUAUCAGGACUACGCUGAAUAUUUCGACACUGCAAGCGGUUUUUACAUCGAGAAUGGGAUCGUCUCCAUCAACCAUCAACUCAGCUACAAAUCCACAUCGAAGGAUUCACGAAAACGGCUCCCUGUACUCUGCACACAGUCUGCCAACAAUGGCUCCUCAAAAGCUGGUCCGGUAGAUGGAAGCCAGAUUGCUGUGGCUUCCGGGGGCAACACGUUCGUAGGCUAUCGCAAUCAAAAGUCGUUCCGCUUCUUGGGUAUUCCGUAUGCCGACAAGCCACAGCGGUGGACAUAUUCCUCUCAGUACUCGAAAAAGGGACAGACCAUCCAAGCUACCGCAUACGGCUCGCAAUGUGCGCAAGGAAGCUCCGGGAGUGAGGACUGUCUCUUCCUGAACAUUCAGACUCCGUACAUUCCCAAGUCUGGCUCGAAGAAGAGUCUGCGUCCAGUCAUGUUUUGGAUCCAUGGUGGCGGCUUCACUGGCGGCACGGGCGCGGACCCUUUGACAGACGGUGGCAAUCUUGCCAGCAAGGAAGAUCUUGUGGUUGUUUCGAUCAACUAUCGACUCUCGACUCUAGGUUUCCUCGCCAUCCCAGGCACCGAUAUCUCUGGGAACUUUGGCAUCGCUGAUCAGGUCGUGGCUCUCGACUGGGUACGUGCCAACAUCGCUUCUUUUGGAGGUGAUCCCGGACAGAUCACCAUCAUCGGUGGGUCUGCCGGGGCAGGUUCAGUUCGUGCACUCCUGGGCUCCCCGAAGGCGAUCGGCAAAUAUCAGGGAGCAGUUGCAGUAUCUAAUUUGGGAGGCGGGGUAACACUAGGACUCCGCGGUGAUUACGGAACGACGUACUCGACAUACUACACGAUCAAUCAGUCGUAUGCCGUCGCAGGUCAGCAGAUCUUUUCAGCUUCCGGAUGCAACGAUACCGAGCUCUCGGCUCAGAUCGCAUGCCUCAAGCAAGUUGAUCCACUGAAACUCGUAUCACUACCCACAGUUGCAAGAUAUGUGGUCCAAGAUGGAAAAUAUGUCAACACGCCCAAGCUCAUCCUCGCGACACGCAACGACAGCACCGCACAUGUUCCCGUGAUUUUCGGCGUAACACGUAACGACGGUAGCUCCUUCUCUACGUACCCAAAGUCUCCUGUUUCGAAUCACUCUCAAGGUUUGCAAGUCGCACUAGGCAUCAACUCGACAUGGGCGCAGAGAAUCAUCGACUCGCAACUCUUCCCUUACUAUGACACCGGGAAUCUCACGUUGGACUCGUUCAAUGUCUCUCAGCGCGUAGCCACCGACAAAACAUUCCGCUGUAUCGACCAAGCCACUGUCUAUGCUGGUACAUCAACCCACGCUUUCCAGAAAGCCUACUUUUACCAGAUGGAACGAACCGCAGGUGGCUACGACCCCAACAACCUUGGCGGUCCUGCGAACAACAAUCCAAACAACCCGUAUUUCCGGUUCCAUGGCGCCGAUGUGCCCUUCGUCUUUGGUACUCUUUCCAAGAUACGCGAGCCUGCGGAUUUGUAUUACACGCAGUUGACGACCAGCUACUUUGCGAGCUUCACUAAGAACGGAAAUCCAAACCCAGAUACAGACUAUCUAAGAGUGAGAGGAUACGACAAGGUAGCUGAUUCGAUCAAGCAAACAGGACCGUGGGAUGAGGUGACUAAGAUAGGGAAGGAAGUACGGAUGCUGGAUUAUCCCAGCAGAAGUGGACCCUAUGUAGAUGUUGAUCAGUGCAAGUGGCUUGGCUACGGUUUGGACUACUACUUGAAAGGCGGCAUAUGA